GACGACGGCUGCCAAGGGAGAGGGAGGGAAGGAGGAGGAAGGAGAGAAGAAGUAAGGUCGAUCUUUCGGCGGGCUAAGAGCCAUGGCCCAAGCCAAGAUCAGCCAACUGAAGAGCGGCGAUACCGACAACAAGUUCCUGCGAACCUUAUCCAUGGCAGACCGGUCGGGCCGCCUGCUGGAGACGCUGGACGAGCUGGAGCUGAGGGUGGAAGCUUUGCGUGAAGCAGCAGCUUCAAUGGAGCAAGAGAAAGAGACUCUACUGGAGCUGAUCCACAGUGUGCAGAACAGCCAAGACAUGAAGAAUAUCAGUGAUGGAGAACGGGAGGAACUCAAUUUGACCGCCAGCAGGCUCAUAGGCCGAACCCUGACUGUGAUGGUGUCUGUGGAGACAAUCCGCAGUCCUCAGCAGGAGGAAUCCCUUAGCAAAGCCACGGCAUUGAUUGACGAGGUGGCUGGUAAGCUCCUGGAGGAUCUGGGAAGUGCCAAGAAUCGCCUGAUAGCUCUCUACAAUGCCUGCUCCUCCGAUGCACUGCAGGGGCCAGUUGAUCAAAAAUUCCAGUCCAUAAUCGUGGGUUGCGCGUUGGAAGACCAAAAGAAAAUUAAGAAUAGACUGGAGAAGCUGAUCAGAAAUGUAUGCAAUGCUGACAGUUCAAUCAUCCUCCUGGAUCCAAAGAAAGCAAAGGUUGGCAACCAUAAUCACAUCCAACAAAGUGUAUUUGACAAGAAAUCUGCAAAUGGAAAAUGAAACGUAAACUGCGUGUACAAUUCUGUGGAGACAAGAAAUUUAUUGGGAAGUUGUGAUGUCUGAUUCUCCCUCAGAUAAAUACAUUCAAAGGAACUAAGAGGCAGCUUAAGGUUGUUCUAGGAAUAAUGUACUAGAUUUGCUUGUAAGUUCUCUGAACACCUCAUGACAUAGAUAGACAUCUUCAUGAGGAGCUACCAAUGUUAUUAGUACACAGUUAUGUAGUGCAUGGAAUUAAAAUAUGCAGCAGAGAUAUAGUUUAUUUGGCUGCUAUGCCUAAUGUUUGUUUCUCACCUUUUUAGCAUCUUCUUCCAUUCCAUUUUCCUUUCAAGAAUUUAUUCAGCUUUCCCUAUAAAUACACCAAUGUCCAAUGCUCAGUUACUUUUCAAGGAAGUGAUCUCCAUUUUGAGGAAGUUUUCUCCUAACGCUCUCCUUUAUUUAUUGGUGGCCAUCUUGCAUUUACAGACCCUAAUUCUGGCCUCCUCCUGUGGAAACAUCCCUCACCUGCUAAAUCUUCACUCAAUCUGAAAGAUCUUUCUGGUCAUCCCUCAAAGGAAUGGUUGAUCAAAUACAUAAUGUGUGUGUAAGAGCAGAAAAGAUUAAACUACCAAUUAAGAUAUUGUUGAAAAUAAAGUUCACUACAUAAAAUGAUAGCUUGUGAUAUGUAGUUAAAUAUGUUUAAUCUUCUACAUUCCUAAAUUCUAGAGCUUUCCUAUAAUUGUGCUACUAUGAAAAUACAAACACAUUAUUUUCUAAUGAUGCAGACUUCCAGUGAAUUGGAAUAAAAUGAAAAUAGUAAUGAUUUUAGUGAGAUUUUUGACUGGAGCAAUGAUGGAAAAUAGUUCUUGGUUGCUGUGGACUUGAGUUCCUCUGAGCACAAUGAUGAUCUGAUCUAAAUGAUCAGCAAAAGAGUUUGCUUUACGUACGGUGGCUAUAGGAUUUCUGCAAACCCUUUAUAAAAUAAUAGACCAAAGAAGAUUCACUUAACAAAACAAAGAUGAUGUACAUGUUAGGGUUAGUAAGUUGUUGGCAUUGGAAUCAUGAUGACACCUGUAGGUUGCCCCAGCAUAUUGUUGAACUGUUGGUCGUUGACACAAUUAGCACAUUUCACUGCAUGUUUCAAUGUACUGUACAUAUCAAAUAAAGCUAACCUAAUCUUUAACAGUAAGGUUGCAUGGGAUCUGAACUUACAAGCUCCAACUCAAAGCUAGAGGGCAUCUUAAUUUGGCAGUAAAGACUUUUGUUAAAUUCAAAGCAGUAAAAAUCAGGAAACAUUUUUCUUCAUAUAAGGACCAUGUAGAAAUCUGGAAUUCUAAAAGACGGUGGAGCUCAAGACAGCUGGAGUUUACAGGGACAAGAAUGGCAGGUUCUUGCUAAGUAGGUAAUGAGAGAAACUGGUAAACAGCAUCAAGUGUAAAUCAAUUAACAACUAUCGUGAUUGUAGCUGAUGAUCUUCUUUGGGUGAAGAUUUCUUCCAGUGCUUAACAUGUGAGGUUGAAAGGGUGUCUAGCUGGAUCAUUGACUCCUCCAGAGUGUGACAUGCCUAACUGCAGGAUGAGGUGCCAUUCUGGGAGCUUGCUUUGAGCUUCAGUGGCAGAAGAACAGGAAUUCAUGUUACAAGUGACUGGAAGUUCAUGGUUCUGCUUCUGAAGUAAGUAGGAGUAAUCUAAAGUAAGCAUCUGAUGUGCAGAGAUUAGAUAGGUUGAAGAUUGUAGAAAAUAGGAAGCAUACAGUCAGCAAUCUUGAACAAAGAAACAUUGGUGUUGAAGGCAGCAUUUAUGGAACAGAUACAAUGGAGAUGGAAAGCUGUAGAAUAUCUUGUAAAGUACAGAAAAGAUUGAACGUGGGAAGAGCUCUAGGAGACAAAAGGAAAUUAUUUCAAGGAGGGCAUGGGUAAAGACAUGUUUUGUGAGGAGGUGAUGGAAAGGGUGGAGAAUGAUAACUAAUGAAAUUUUAAGAAAACAUUAACAGAGGCAUUAAAACACCAGAGGAAAGUGAAGUAGGCAGCAUGAGGAUUCUUGGAACCAGGACCUUUCCACAUUGCUACAAGGAUUAGGGUUCCCAUAGCAACAUCAUAAUACCUUUCAUUUGGAGGGAGUGACAGGUGAUUUUAUUCAGUCUGAUAACUAGUUGUGCAGAGUGGACAAGGGUCAAGGCAACAGGAAGCAAUUUAAGUUUCUUUUCAAGGAAUAAUUAAAGGGCUCUGAGGCUGAACUGGUGGGAAAUGUGGAUUUUAGACAAGUUGGAUGUCCAGGCUGAAAGUGAGAGUUCGCACCAGAUAUGGAUAAACAAGUGUUACACCAGAAUAUAACUACAUCUGUCUCAAAGUCAUCAUGGGGACUAUGCAAUUCAAGUUUUAAGAAUAACAGCAAGCUGGGCUGUGUUGCUGGUGUAGCAGAGAGGAGUAGUAGAUUGAUUUGUAGGGAAUAAUUGAACCUCGAAAUCCACAUGUGUGAGGUACUUGCAUUCUGCUGAACACCACUUGAAUGAACUUGAUUAUUGAAUUUGAAUAUAUUUGGGAGAAUAAAAGCCAGUAAAGAAUUCAUAAGUAAAUUGAUGGGCUUUUUUAUUAUUAAAAUUGUUACAUAGAAAUGACAAUUAUAAAACUGUUCUAAAUUUGCAAUGUGAUUAGUUUUUAGUGUGGCACUUUGUAACAGAUACAUGCAUAAGAGUUGGGAGAAACAAAAGAAACUUAAUUAACAAAAUCUUUUUACUGGUUAUAGUUGACCACAAAACUGAUUUAUUACACAGCUUAAAACAAAUUCAGCAACAACUCAUUAGUGUGCAAGGAGAUCUCAAUAGCAAAUGCAAGUGUGCCUGAAAAUUCACAUUAGCACAGCCACUUCAUAAUAAUGAAUUGAUUUCUUUGCAAGUUGAACAAGCCAUUCUGAAAUCAAUAAAAUAUUCUGUCUGUGAUAGUAAGUUACAAUGCUGGGCAUUACUGUACCUGAUCAGAGCAAGAGUGGGAGCACAUCUAAACCAAAAUCUCAUGCCUUGAGAAAAUUAUGCCAAUGGGAUACACAGUGCUUUUAUGAUUUGAUUUUUUCGGCUAAAAAUACACAGCAGCCAUGUUUCAUUUAUGAUUUGAAAACCCACUUGUGCACAACUUAAUCUUUCUUUCAAAGCACAGGCAAUAAAACCAACAUUAAACUCACUUCAGAUCUGAGAAAAUAGUUCAGGAGCUUCAAGGUUGAUGGAAAUUCUGAUGAACAUUUUGUGAAAAUGAAUGGAAAAAACUCCCCCAGAAAAUAAUAUGCAAUGCAUUUCCCUAUAUUUCUGAAUGGACACUUCCAAUCACUAAGACAGUUAAGCCCUUGGGCUUUAAUUAUCUAAUCUAAUCCAGUCCAGCCCAGAGGUCUGCUCUCCUUCACCGGUGUUGCAUUUUGCUUUCAAUGAGAAUCUGGGUGGCUCAGCAAGUACUGCAUCUGACAUUACAGACGACUAAAUCUCCAGAAUUUACAGCAAACUGAAGUUUGCUGACUUCAUAUGGAACUAACUCUCAAGUGGCUUGACUGGGGCAAGUUUGAGGUGGGUUAGUAGGAAAUUAGGCUUCACAUCCAUUAUUGCACCCCACUCUUACCAGUAAUUUCCUCAAACAGGGGGAAGACUCUAAGACAGGGGUUGGCAACCUUUUUGCCUCUGUGGGCCGGAGCGGACGGUGGGCCAGAUAAAUGCCAUAAAAAACUUGAAAUAUGGGAAUUAUCCAUCUAAAUACAUCUAGUUAUGUUUUGCCUCAAAUUAAUGAAUAACGUAUGCUAGAAAAUCAUUUGUGCUUAAGGUUGCCUACCCCUGCUCUAAGACAUAGGAGCAAAAUUAGGCCAUCAUGGCUGAUUUAUUGUCCCUCUCAACUCCAUACUCCUGCUGUCUCCACAUAACCUUUGACACCCUUAAAAAGGUUACAAAGAGAAUGAACUUCUGAUGAAUGGGAAAAGAGCUAAUGUGGCUUCCAUUCUCACCUCAAAGAAAAUCUUUGGCUUUCAUCAAUUAAAAGACUUAAAGAUCAGGAACAGGAUUUAUAGGAAAUAUUUGGGAGACACUUCCACAGUGAUGUUGGGAAUAUGGGUGAAGUCCAGAUCUGGCAAUCAUUGAUAUCAUUAAUCCAACAAGUUCAAGAGAAACUUCUUUCCUCAGUGAAAUAUAGGACUUCGUGUUACAGCUGGAUAGAUGCAAGGAGAAGCUGGUCAGCAUGUGAUGGAGAAGGAAUGGAAGAACAUGCCAACAGAGCAGGAUAGUUGGCUGGAACAAAAACACCAAGUAAGACACGGGCAGUCAAAUGAAACCUAGAGCCACCUUGUUGUUCCGCAGGAGGUUUGAUGGGACCAUUCAGAACCCCAAAGGGUUUUGACAGAAUAAAUUAGGAGAAACUAUUUCCAGAGAAGGAAGGUACAUUAGCAGAGAACACAGAUGGGCAAAAGAACUAGAGGUGAUGUGAGAUCCCAUACUUUAUCCUUCAGGAUGGACAAAGUCAGGUAGGCUGUCCAAGUGCACUGCUGCAAACAAGAGGGAGUUCAGAGGAGGAGUGAGAAGGUGGGUACACAUGCCUCCAAUUUUCAGACUAUGAUCUGUUUGGUUUUGACUAUAAUUCUUGCAUACUAACUGGGUUGAAAUGGAGAAUAUUUUAUUCAACAAGCUGAAGUCUGGAAAUUUACCAAGUUGAGUUAAAAAGCUGGAACAGGUCCAGGUUUCUACAAGUAGCAGGCAACUGAAUGUUAUUUGCUUGCCUGAUUUCAACCACACCCAUCCAAGUGGGUGUUAUUUUCUUGCAAGUUUCUUUUCGGUGCUUCCUUCAUUAUUCAGUGCUCUGAUCCAACUCUGGGUACAGUUCAGUGGAAGCAGGCUCUAUGCCAACCAAUUUUACCUCAUGCACGGGGAAAAGGGACGUGCAAUCGGGAAAAAUUCCAGGACAAGCUAUAGGCCUAUUUGGAUAUUCUAGAGACAGUAUACACAAAGGGAAUGAGACUAACUGCCAUGCUCCAUGAGAAUGCUGACAGUACAUGAUGGGGUGGAUGGCUCCUUGUGUUUUUUUUUUAUUUCCUACGAUUCUGCAGCAAGCCUUCCACCAAAUGGAAUUCAUAGCAAUUCCCUCUCCAAUUAAUGUGCAUGCAUAAAGGCAAUGAACUGUGCAAAAUAUCUCAGCAGCAACACAAAGGGUGCUACAGAAUGGUAUCCUGAAGCCAAUUUUCCCCGAAGCACAUUCACAGCUCAUUGUCCCAGUCACAUGCUCAGGAGUUCUGACCACUUCAGUUCACUGGCAAGGGAGUGUUAGUGAAUGAACACUAAAGAAACAGCAUUUGGGAAACUAAACAGGAUACCGUAGGGAGUAAAUGAGGCAAUCAGCAUUUGGGGAAAGACUGGCUAAAGAUGGCCCCAAAUGGCCUGACUCUCAGGCACCCACUAAUGAAACCAACAUUAAUUUAAUUUAAGAGAUGCAGAACUCAAAUAAACCAUUAAAUGAAGCAAAUUUAACAGAUAAUAUGUUGAUUUAACAACAAUUGUAUUUAAAUACAACACUAAUUUUUCAUAUAUAUCGAAUGUACAAUAGCUUUGUAUAAAAUAAAGUCUUCUGCAGGGACUAAUAGUGUUUACAUUUUUGUUAGAAUGGACUGUAUCCAUGCCUGGAAGUUCUGUGAACUUGGAAGCCACUUUUUAUGUUGUAAGGUAAUAUUCAUGCGGGUCGGCAAAACUGAAGCUUGUACUUCAACUCAUCAGGAGUUCAAAAACAAGGCCUACGUUUCUCUCUCAGAGGGUGAUCCACAGUGCAAUUCUAGCUUCUCUAACAAGAAGCACCAAUAAUAUUCAAAAUAUGAACUCAAUUGUUGGAGUAUUUAAUCAACAGAAUUAGAAACCUACACCUCAGGUUCAGUAAUUGGGAGUCUAACUUCUGCAGACAAUGAUUAUCUGAAAUAGACCAGGGAACAAAACCACCUAUCAAUAGCUGGUUUGUUCCCAAAGCAAAAGAGGUACAAGAUGACAGACAAUGCAACAGGCACAAAAAUCCAUUGAUCGAAUGAAUGCUUACAUAAUUUACUAUCUCUAAUACCCGAAAUCUUACCAAUAUCUUUCCUUUCACCAGAACCAAGGUCCAAGGAGCACAAUUUCACAUGUUCUGGCCACACAUGAAUAUUGUUGCUCAACCCUGCAAAAAUAAACAGACUGGUUCCACAUAGCUGCUGGUAAACAACACAGUAACUCUUCCUCCAGAAUUUGAAGCUUUGAGCUGGAAUAAAUUUAUGAUGCAGAUUGCAUAUCAUCUGUGGGAAAUCAGUGUGGCUAACACUCUCCCUCCAACAGCCCUGAUACAAAUAUCAGACUCAGUUUUUAGGACCAAAUGCAAAUACCUGGAAACACUCAACAAUUCAUGGAGUAUUCUUUAUUCUGACGGAGUCUUUGAGAAAAAGGUUUACUUUUUUUCUUCCAACAGAUGCUACUUAAUCUGCAAAUUGUUUCCAGCAUUUUCUGGUUUUAUUUUAGAUUUUAACAAUCUACAGCUUUUGCACUCGUCUGAUGUUGGGAGUCUCCCGUUCUUGCAAAUGGCUGUGUAAUUAGUUAAUGCCAUUAUAUUAAUCCACAAUGUGGCUGGUCAGAAGCAGAAGAAUAAAUCAAGAAAUAGAAUAAGCUCUAUUCUUCUGACAUUGUCUAAGGAGAAGAGGAGUGGAGCUGAUUGAAAUGAAGAUAUCGGAUUUCCAGCAGCAAUGCAUCGGAGUCCAAAUAGCAUAGAAAAAGGGAAGAGAUAUGUUACUGUAUAUAUUUCUAUUCUAAGACAUAUAGAAUAGCAUAUAUUAUGACAUGUGAACUGACCAUGACAGUGAUCCAUUAACCCUAACAACAGGAAUUCUGCAGAUGCUGGAAAUUCAAGCAACACACAUCAAAGUUGCUGGUGAACGCAGCAGGCCAAGCAGCAUCUAUAGGAAGAGGCGCAGUCGACGUUUCAGGCCGAGACCC